GGCAGGAAGGCAACCCACGUAACGCGGUUUGCCUGCAAGUGCGGCCGCAGUAACUCCUCCCGGCCAGCAGAGGGCGCUAGCCGACACUUGGCCUCCGGCCGCCCGGGGCGGGCCUCUUCUUGCCGUCCCCCCUUCCUCGUCUUUUCCCCUCAGGAGAAGUCGGGAAGGCGGCGGCGGCGGUUGUCCCACGACCGUCGGGCCGGUUCGCGUGGCCCGUCAGCCCGCGCUCCGCAGCGUGUCCGCGUCGCGCUCAGCCCGGUCGAGUCGAGCCGCAGCGGCCCGGGUCCGGCGCGGGCAGGGCGCGCUGACGGAGGGCGGCGGCCGCGGCCAGGGCGGCCGGUGGGACCGCGGGGUCCCCGGCGCAGCGCCGCCCGGCUCCCGGCCCUGCCGGCCUCCUCGCUCGGCGCCGCGGCCAUGGCGGCCAGCGCGAAGCGGAAGCAGGAGGAGAAGCACCUGAAGAUGCUGCGGGACAUGACCGGCCUCCCGCACAACCGAAAGUGCUUCGACUGCGACCAGCGCGGCCCCACCUACGUGAACAUGACGGUCGGCUCCUUCGUCUGUACCUCCUGCUCCGGCAGUCUGCGAGGGUUAAAUCCACCACACAGGGUGAAAUCCAUCUCCAUGACAACAUUCACACAACAGGAAAUUGAAUUCCUUCAAAAACAUGGAAAUGAAGUCUGUAAACAGAUUUGGCUAGGAUUAUUUGAUGAUAGAUCUUCAGCAAUUCCAGACUUCAGGGAUCCACAAAAAGUGAAAGAGUUCCUACAAGAAAAAUAUGAAAAGAAAAGAUGGUAUGUCCCACCAGAACAAGCCAAAGUGGUGGCGUCAGUCCAUGCAUCUAUUUCAGGGUCCUCUGCCAGUAGUACGAGCAGCACGCCUGAGGUCAAACCACUGAAAUCUCUUUUAGGAGAUUCAGCACCAGCACUGCACUUAAAUAAGGGCACACCUAGUCAGUCCCCUGUUGUAGGUCGCUCCCAAGGGCAGCAGCAGGAAAAGAAGCAGUUUGACCUUUUAAGUGAUCUUGGCUCAGACAUCUUUGCUGCUCCAGCACCUCAGUCAACAGCUACAGCCAAUUUUGCUAACUUUGCACAUUUCAACAGUCACGCAGCUCAGAAUUCUGCAAAUGCAGAUUUUGCAAACUUUGAUGCAUUUGGACAGUCUAGUGGUUCCAGUAAUUUUGGAGGUUUCCCCACAGCAAGUCACUCUUCUUUUCAGCCCCAAACUACAGCAUUUAGAAUGCUUUCAUCUAGCUGCAGUUUUGGUGAAUUUACUUCAGCUUUUCCUCUCCAGGCUUCCAACAGUGGAAGUGCUGGAUCAGUAAAUGCUAAUUUUGCUCAUUUUGAUAACUUCCCCAAAUCCUCCAGUGCUGAUUUUGGAACCUUCAGUACUUCCCAGAGUCAUCAAACAGCUUCAGCUGUUAGUAAAGUUUCAGCGAACAAAGCUGGUCUACAGACUACAGACAAAUAUGCGGCACUUGCUAAUUUAGACAAUAUCUUCAGUGCUGGGCAAGGUGGUGAUCAGGGUAGUGGGUUUGGGACCACAGGUAAAGCUCCUGUUGGUUCUGUGGUUUCAGUUCCCAGUCAGUCAAGUGCGUCUUCAGACAAGUAUGCGGCCCUGGCAGAACUGGACAGUGUUUUCAGCUCUGCUGCCACCUCCAGUAACGCCUACACUUCCACAAGCAAUGCUAGCAGUAAUGUUUUUGGAACAGUGCCAGUGGGUGCUUCUGCACAGACACAGCCUGCAUCUUCAAGUGUGCCUGCUCCAUUUGGAGCUACACCUUCCACAAAUCCAUUUGUUGCUGCUGCUGGUCCUUCUGUGGCAUCUUCUACAAAUCCAUUUCAGACCAAUGCCAGAGGAGCGACAGGCCUUUCUGGAGCAAUGCAUUCUCAAGUGUUUCCUCACGCUCAUUUUGCGGCAACCUUUGGCACCGCAUCCAUGAGCAUGCCUGCUGGCUUCGGGACUCCCGCUCCCUAUAGUCUUCCCACCAGCUUUAGCGGCAGCUUCCAGCAGCCAGCCUUCCCAGCCCAAGCAGCUUUUCCUCAACAGACAGCUUUUUCUCAACAGCCCAAUGGUGCAGGUUUUGCAGCAUUUGGACAAACAAAGCCAGUGGUAACCCCUUUUGGUCAAGUUGCAGCUGCUGGAGUGUCUAGUAAUCCUUUUAUGACUGGUGCACCAACAGGACAAUUUCCAACAGGAAGCUCAUCAACCAAUCCUUUCUUAUAGCCUUAUAUAGACACUUCACUGGAACGAACUUUUACAUGGUCACAUUACAUCUCUCCGCCUCUUGCACUGUUGUCUUGUUUCACUGAUCUUAGCUUUAAACACAAGAGAAGUCUUUAAAAAGCCUGCAUUGUGUAUUAAACACCAGGUAAUAUGUGCAAAACAGAGGGCUCCAGUAACAACUUUUAACCUGUGAAUUGGCAAAAAAAAAAAAGUAGCGGUAUCAUGUAUAUUAAAAAUUGGCUAAUAUUAAGUUAUUGCAGAUACCACAUUCAUUAUGCUGCAGUACUGUACAUAUUUUUCUUAGAAAUUAGCUAUUUGUGCAUAUCAGUAUUUGUAACUUUAACACAUUGUUAUGUGAGAAAUGUUACUGGGGAAAUAGAUCAGCCACUUUUAAGGUGCUGUCUUAUAUCUGGGAAUGAAUGACCUAAAAUCACUUUAACCAUUGCUACUGGAAAGUUACAAAGUCAAAAUUGGAAGGUUUUAGUCAUUCUUGAAUUUUUCCUUUCUGAAGAGCUCUUCUGUUUAUACAUGCCUAAAUUCUUUAAAAAAUGUAGAGGGAUACCUGUCUGCAUAAUAAAGCUGAUCAUGUUUUGCAACAGUUUGCAGGUGAAAAAAAAUAAAUACUAGAAAAUA